CCCCUCUGUUCUUUCUCUCUCUCUCCCGGACUUCUCCAUCCUCUUUCCGCGCUCAAUCUGUAGCCAUUCUGUGAAUCGCACUGAGCUUGCACGCAACACCGACCACCUCCUGUGUCCUCCGAGCAAAAAGCCGCUACCUUACCCCGCCAAGCCGACUCCGACCCCUCCAUCGCCGCCAUCAUGGCUCAAGACGCUGCCAAGGCCCCCGUGGUGGCCGAGGCUCAUGAAGUCGACACCUACCAUCCCCCGAAGAAGAUGCUCGAGAAGCACCCAAGCAAGCCUCAUCUGAGCGGUCUCGAGGAAUACCAGCGGCUGUACAAGGAGUCCAUCACAGAGCCCGACAAGUUCUGGGGGAGACUGGCCCGCGAGCUGCUCACCUGGCACAAGGAUUUCCAGACGGUGAGGAGCGGCUCUCUCGUCAACGGUGACGUCGCUUGGUUCCUCGAGGGCGAGAUCAACGCCUCGUACAACUGCAUCGAUCGCCAUGCCUUCAAGGAUCCCAACCGCGUCGCCAUCAUUUACGAGGCCGACGAGCCGACCGAUGGCCGGACCGUGACCUAUGGCGAGCUCCUGCGCGAGGUUUCGCGCGUCGCCUACGUCCUCAAGAGCCUGGGCGUGCGCAAGGGCGACACCGUCGCCAUCUACCUGCCCAUGAUUCCCGAGGCGGUCAUCGCCAUCCUCGCCUGCGCCAGGAUCGGCGCCGUCCACUCGGUUGUCUUCGCCGGCUUCUCGGCGGACUCGUUGCGCGACCGCGUCCUCGACGCUCGCUCGCGGGUCGUCAUAACCGCGGACGAGGGCAAGCGUGGCGGAAAGCUGAUCGGCACCAAGAAGAUCGUGGACGACGCCCUCCGGCAGUGCCCCGACGUCACGGGCGUCCUCGUCUUCAAGCGCACCGGCGCCGACAUCCCCAUGACCAAGGGCCGCGAUGUCUGGUGGCACGAGGAGGUCGAGAAGUGGCCCGCGUACAUGGCGCCCGAGCGCAUGAGCGCCGAGGACCCGCUCUUCCUCCUCUACACAUCCGGCUCGACCGGCAAGCCCAAGGGCAUGAUGCACACGACCGGUGGUUACCUCGUCGGCGCCGCGGCCACGGGCAAGUACGUCUUCGACAUCCACGACGGCGACCGCUUCUUCUGCGGCGGCGACGUCGGCUGGAUCACCGGUCAUACCUAUGUCGUCUACGCCCCCCUGCUCCUCGGCGUCUCGACGGUCGUCUUCGAGGGCACGCCGGCCUAUCCCAACUUCUCGCGUUACUGGGACAUCAUCGAGAAGCACAAGGUGACGCAGUUCUACGUCGCCCCGACCGCCCUGCGCUUGCUCAAGCGCGCCGGUGACCAGCAUGUGCGCAACGAGAUGAAACACCUCCGCGUGCUCGGCUCCGUUGGCGAACCCAUCGCCGCAGAGGUCUGGAAGUGGUACUUCGAAGUGGUCGGCAAGGAGGAGUCCCAGAUUGUCGACACAUACUGGCAAACCGAGACCGGCUCGCACGUCAUCGCUCCGCUGGCCGGUGUGACGCCGACGAAGCCCGGCUCCGCCUCUCUCCCGUUCUUUGGCAUCGAGCCCGCCAUCAUCGACCCCGUCUCGGGCGAGGAAAUCCACGGCAACGAUGUCGAGGGCGUCUUGGCCUUCAAGCAGCCGUGGCCAAGCAUGGCCCGGACCGUCUGGGGCGCCCACAAGCGUUAUAUGGAGACGUACCUCAAUGUUUACAAGGGCUACUAUUUCACCGGUGAUGGUGCCGGCCGGGAUCACGAGGGCUUCUACUGGAUCCGGGGCCGUGUCGACGACGUCGUGAACGUCAGCGGCCACCGUCUGUCGACCGCCGAGAUCGAAGCUGCCCUCAUUGAGCACGCCGCCGUUGCCGAGGCCGCUGUCGUCGGCGUCGCGGACGAGCUCACGGGCCAGGCUGUCAACGCUUUCGUCUCCAUCAAGGACGGCAACGAGCCGUCUGAUGCUCUCCGCAAGGAGUUCAUCCUUCAGGUCCGCAGGAGCAUCGGGCCGUUCGCAGCUCCCAAGGCUGUGUACAUCGUCCCCGACUUGCCCAAGACGCGCAGCGGCAAGAUCAUGAGGCGCAUUCUGAGGAAGAUUCUCGCUGGCGAGGAGGACCAACUCGGCGACAUUACCACGCUCUCGGAUCCUUCUGUCGUCGAGAAGAUCAUCAACGCUGUCCACGAGGCCAAGAAGAAAUAAGGGGCGGGUGUCGCUUUGUAUUUGGCGGAUUUGGAGGUGUACUAUCAGGGUUUUACCAACGUCUCCUUGGUUGUGCCUGGAUUGUCAUGAUUUCUAAGGGCUGGGUUAUGUGUCGAUGGGGAGGCUUCUUGAGCCAGUCCUCCUUCUUUGCUUUUGAAUAGCGUCGCUAUCUGUUGUUCUGUGGUUCUAUGCAAGCUCCAAUGAUCUAACCAUUGGAUGGAUGCCUACGGAGCACAUACAUAUAUGUAUGUAUGUACAUAUGGUGUGACUCCUGACCUGAAAGGAUCAGUAGUUUAAUCCGUACAGUUAGAAGUUGGACGGUGUUGGCAGUGCCCUGCUAACGUGGCUUCGUCAGCGUGGCCCCCCUCCCCGGCCGGUGUUUCUCAGCACCAACGAUGAUGUGGGAAGGAGGCUGCUGGCUUUGUCAACCUCCUUCCUUCCAACUCCCCCUAUGUGCGCUGAUUUUUGUUCUUUUGUUUCUUGUCGGAGAUUGAGGGCGUUGCUGUGGUUAUGUCGGCACUAAACUCCGAUGCCAAGUCCCUUGGGCAAGAGGACGCGUCAACAAUUUCUACCAAUGCCACCGCAGCUCGCUGUGGGUGGUCCAAGAGUUCUACUUGGCGUCUGGAGAGUGCGGGAUGGGAGGAAGUGUGGCAGUGGACGAUGUGGUUACGACGCAGGGCACCUCGUCCCUCCUUGCCCUCCUCUGCUGCGUAGGUAGACGUGUGCCUAUGUAAAUACGAAGGCUUCUCAAAAUCUAGCAUUGUUUUUGCGCAUUUUCGGCAGUACGGAUUAAUUACGUCUUGUUGCUUGCCCGCAGUCUCGACGGGAAUACCGUUGU